UUUUGAGGUUUGGAAAUCGGAGAUGUCUACUAGGGUCUGCCAUGAAAUAUAGCGAAUAUGUCUGACACUUACGCUCCAUAGGGUGUGGGAUCAAUUCUCAGAGGGUCUUGGACAUUUCCAGGCCAACGACUUCAGCCGUUGGCUCAAUCCCACCGGUCCAACGCUGCGGAGCUCGCGCGCUCGCGGAAGUACCCGUGCCAAUGAGCCCAUAGCCGACGGCGCACGGCCUUGCGCCGUCCAUGCGGCUGGGCCUUCCGUUUCGGGGCUUUCUCGGGCAGCUGCGGCAGCUCUGGGGCGCGGCAAAGGAGCACGCUCCACCAGAUGGCGCAGCGUCCAGCACCUCCUCUCCGCAGAGCGAGGAUGCUUGGGAGGAUGCGGAGUGUCAGUGCGACACGGAGGAGGAGGACUGGGAUUGGAACCUGGUGGAGCAGGACCUGGAGGCCUUCUCGGUGCAAGAGACGCCUUCCUCUCCUCACACCACGGAGCCACCAGCUGAGCUUGUUGAGGUCGACUUGCACGAAGCUCUCACCCCGGUAGCUCGCCAGGCGGUAAGAGACCGCGGACCGGAGGCGGAGCAGUCCCAGGAGAACUCGAUGAGAUUGGAACCAGCAGAAGAUGCAACAGCACCAGCUCCACAAGCAGCAGCUCAGCCCGCGGCAGAUGCCACGCCCAGUCCCCGCGGAACGCCGUGCGGCGGAGGUUCUCCUCCGCGCGGAGAACAGGAGCCGGUGGCGAAGAAGAAUGCCGGACGUGGGAGGGUGGCAUGGCCAGGAAUCACUCCAGGCGCCAUCCCUGCCGGCAGCGAGAAAGAGUUGGCUUUAAAGCUGCAGAGGAGGUUGGUGAAGGUGGAAGAAGAAGGUCUGGUCCUCACGACGUGUCAACGACCCGUGUCGACGGCGGAUGCACGUGCCUGGAGCGCAGCGGAGGCCAAGGCUGCGCGCCAGCCCAAGUGGGGCCUAUGCACCGCACAGCUCCUGUAUGCCUCAAAGCGGCAUUCAUGGUUCGACUUCGAGGAGCUUGAGCAGGAAGAAGAACGAGGUGAUGAAAUGCGUCUGAGUGGCGCGGGCGCUCUCGAGCCGGCCUAACCCGCGGCGCGUCGUCACCCUCGACCUUGAGCGUCUCCAACCUCCGGUCACCGACACAUGCACAGGUCAAAAACGGAUUCCGUGGGAUGGAGGGGUGGAUCUGUCAAUUCACAAAGGAAAACAUGUGUAGAGAAUGGACUCAUCGUAAAGCAAUCGAAAGCCAC